AUGGAAAACGCCUAUUCUUUUAACUCAUACCCAGAUUCAGGUGAAUCGUCGCCUAGAUCUCGUGAAAUCGAUUUUGACAACCCGACGCCAUGGGAAGACCAAGCACAACAACCUCAAAGCUACAAAGCAAAGUUCAUGUGUAGCUAUGGAGGCAAGAUCCACCCACGUCCGCACGACAACCAGCUUGCUUACAUAGGUGGAGAGACCAAAAUCCUCGCCGUGGAUCGAAACAUUAAAUUCUCGGUCAUGAUAAGCAAACUCGCAGCGGUUUGUGGUGACACCGACGUGGCGUUCAAAUACCAGCUCCCAGGUGAAGAUCUUGAUGCUUUAAUAUCAGUCACUAAUGAUGAUGAUCUUGAACACAUGAUGCAUGAGUACGAUCGUCUUUUUCGUGCCUCUGCUAAGCCUGCUCGAAUGAGAUUGUUUCUUUUCCCGGUUAGCCCGUCACCUGCAAGUUUCGGCUCCGAUGGUGGCAAAUCGGAUCGGGAACGUUUUGUAGAGGCUUUGAAUUCGGGUCCGAGUCAGGUUGUUGAAUCAACCAAAACGGCAGCGAAUAACGUUGAUUUCUUAUUUGGGUUAGAAAAAGGAACCCCGCCGCCGCCGCCGCCGCCUGUUAAAGUGCCGGAUUUGCCUGAAAUCCAUGCUGGGCCGGGUCAUGAUGAUCGGGCUAUUGGGUCGGAUCCUUUGAAUUUGCAGGCCCAGAUGCAGAGAAUGCAAAUUAGAGAACACGAGCAGCAAAUUGGGUAUAAUAGAAAAAACAGCGAUGAAAAUUUGGUAGGUGGUUAUGCUGCUGCUGGCGGUGAUUAUUACAUGCAAAAAGUGCCUGAAAAAGUGCCUCAGGCGAAUUUGCCUGUGACAAUGCCACCCCAGGUGACUGCUCCACCAGGUUAUUGGCCCGAGAAACAGGCUACGGGAGGCGGGUUUCCUGUGGCGGUGACCACCGCACCGGGUCAAAUGGAGCAACCCGUUUAUAUGAUACCGGGUCCAGGUCCAGGGGCUGUUUAUCAUGCACCUCCAGUAAUGCGACAGGUUACCGGACAAACCGGUCAAGGGUAUUACAUGCAGAGAAUGGGUGGGGGUCCGGGUCAUGGUCCCGAUGUUUACCGAGAGCAGCCGGUGUAUAAUAUGGUCCCACAACAUCAACAUCAACAGCCCCCACCACCAAUGGGUCCAAUGGGAGUUGUUAGGCCCAGUGGCCAAGGGGUAGCAGUGACGGAUCCGGGAUACGCACAGGUGGCGUAUGAUAGUGCGGUUGGUAGACAGGUUUACUAUACUGCGCAAGGUGGUGUAAUGCACCAGCAACAGCAUCAGCAGCAGCAGCAGCAGCAGCCACCACUACAGUAUCAAGGGGUUGGUGGUGGUUUAGCGGUAAGUGGUGAAAUGAGACAUGGUGGUGGGCCAUUGGGUCCAGAAGCUAAGGUUGUUACUACAAAGGUUUCACAGGCUUCUGUGUGA